AUGUUCCGGCGUGCUAUCGCCGUGCGCACAGUGGUGACGUUGGCUGCUGCCGAAGCGGCAGCGGUGCGUGUGGGGAUCCUCUCCCCCGCCAUCCGCUUUUCCAUGCGCCUUGACACCACCAGCAAGGCCACUACCGGUGCCAGUACCACUGAGGUGGCGGCAGAAGCAGAGGCAGAAGCAGGAGCAUCCACAGUGUCAGUAGAAGAAGAAACACCUGGUGCAACGAAGGUUGAGGUAAACGCUCCUAGGAACCCUUUGUAUGUUCCCUUCAUGGGUUCAUCGUCGCGGUUCACGUUUGCAAAUCCAAUUUCCAAGUUGGAAGAGCUGACUGCACUUGAGAGUGAACCACUUAGCCACUCCCCGCCUGGACGUGUUAACGACCAUUGCUGCAUUUACCUUGUCAAGUUGCUGCGGUGGUGCGCCGACAAACUCUUCCGCGAGCGGUAUAUGCACCGUGCCACAAUGCUCAAAGUCAUGGCUCCCGCCUCACCUUUUGCUGGGGCCAUGAUCACCUUUCUUCGGAUGAUGUUCAAGAAGAAAGGUGCGGUAUGUGCCUCAGUGGAAGGAGGUUUCGCUUUGGAAGUGCGUGGCUUGUUAACACAAGCCGAGUCGCAUGCUUGUCAUGCCCACAUUCUCAUGUUAAUGACGGAGAUCACGUACAUGGAGCGCGCCGCAGCACUUAUUCUACAAGCAGGACAUUUUAUCAUCUUCUUUAUUCUCUUUCUGGUGUAUCCACGGAUGGCCUAUCGGCUAAUGGGAUAUCUUGGCGAAGAGUCGGUGGUCAUUUGGACUCACAUGAUAAACGACAUUGACCUUAGAAAGGUCAGCGAACGGAACAUUCCUCAGGCGGCGCUAGACUACUGGAGCUUACACCGUUUCAAAACUGCUGAAGUUUCUCUUGGUGAUCUGCGGGAUGCCAACCUACCGGAACAGUCGGAGGAGUCACGCAAAGCGGAAACGCCGCAAAACGAGGAUACCUCAACAGAGGCUGUCACACUACGCGAUGUGAUUCUGCUGUUGCGCUCGGAUGAGAUGGUGUGGCGUGACGCAUGUCAUCGCAUGGCGAACGACAUUGAUCGAGCCCAGGGCAAAGGUAAGUCAUUCUUUUCUUCGUUCUUCUCAUAG